GUCCUGGCACGGCAGCGUCCUCCGAAGACGCCCAUUUCAACUCCAUCGAGGCAAUCCUGCGCAAACUGUCGGAGACCGUGGCAUCGUAUUCCGGACGACUUGAUGCCUCCAAUUUCAGGCUCGAGAAAGUGGAGGACGUGGAACGCACCUUGCUGAAACAGCUGGGCGGUCACACGGGCGGAGGUGAGCACAAAGGCCACGAUGAAGGCUCAGCCAACAAAUCGUCAGCUCCUAGCGCUUCUUCUGAGGAAAAGGACAAGGAUAUCCCCUUCGAACCCAGCCAUCCGAAGAUUCCUCCGUACAUGAAUACCUCGGGACGCUCCAAGUACUGGAUGCACGGAGACUCUGACGCAGCGCAUCGAGUGUCGCAGAAGCCCAUCCACCCUCACACGCAGGAGGAUGCCAUCCUUAGCACCGAGGAGGUCCUGGCCCUGGGUCCCGACGAGGUGGCGCAAGUCUUGACCCACGACCGCAAGCUGCUCGCCACCGUCACUGCGCGCCUGAGCAGUGGCAAGGAGCUCGCCGACCUCGUGUUCGGCACCGAUUCUGCAGAGCUGCCACAGGGGCAGCCGACGGAGAAGGCUCUCAAGGCCAUCCUGACUGACCCAGAGCUGGCCAAGAAAGCGAUCAACCUGACAAUGACCACCCUCAGCCGAGGCGUCUCGAAGCUGGCGGCUGGCAAGACCUUCGCCGACGAGGUCUUUGGUUCGGACACCAGCCGCCUGAUCGGCGAGGCGUUUCAUCCCACAGAAGCGCCCGAGGAGGAGGUGCCCAGCGCCAUCAUACCGGAGAAGGCCGCGACGACUGCUGCUCCGGGUGAGGAGAAGGCCCCGACGACGGCUGCCGCCACUGGGGGCAGCAGGGUCUCGGGUGCCCCAGCGGUGCCGACAAAGGAAGGUGCGAAGGGCGAGACCACCACGGAAGAAGCCGGGAUCAGCACCACGGCGCCCGAGGAAGGGAUGAAGGUCUUCGGUGUGGACUUGCCAAGCCUGCCCGUGGAGAUUCCCGAGCUGCAGCUUCCCCAUGUGCCUAAUCCUUUCGACCUUUUCAGAUGA